GAAAUUUCCAAAAGCUCGUGUAUUUGAUUGAUUCUCAGUAAUUUCCCGCAAAGAAAUCGAGCCCGUCGCCAUGGCCUGGUCUUCAUGGGUUCCACGCAGUGUUUCAAGGAAUAGUUCAAAGACCAAAACCCCAGAUCCAAUUACACAAUCCAACCUAACGUUUGAAGGCAAACCAGACGAAGAAGACGACCUUGGAGUUACAGACCAGUUAAUUGAUUAUAUAAAGUCAUUUACUUUGGACACCUUCAAGAAUUUCCCUCUUCAAGAUAAUGAAGGAGCUACAAGUACUUAUGAUGAUGGAACUGCAAGAAGUUCUUCAGCCAAUGUGCGAAAUGAUCUCUCAGAAUGGCAAGAGCGACAUGCUGUACUUGUGCUUUCAAAAGUCAAGGAGCUUUCACAACUUAGGUUUAAGCUAUGCCCUCGGUACCUGAAGGAGCAGCAGUUUUGGAGGAUAUACUUCAAAGUUGUAAAGAACCAUGUGGUUGAGUAAGUUUCAAUCAUUUUAUCAUGAUGUUUAGAAAUGUAUUACACGAAUGCUGCACAUGUUGAGUUAUCUUGUGGCCAAGGGUUGCUCCAGUGAUGGCCCUAAUUUUUCUUUCAAGCGUAUCAAAGGAUAUAUUGAGUCAUAUUGGCUCAGGUUUACAGUAAAGAAAUAAGGCCAUGCGGAAGGCUUUUGUGUACUAGGAAAAGCAGGCAGUUGGAGAAAAGACAAUAGGUGUAGAGAAUAAAUAGUCUGAUUUUUCUUUCUGUGCAUCAACUGAUAUCUUUAGACCCACAGCCAUGAGGUAAAUUUGGUUAAAGAAAUGAGAGAGGCUCUUGGAUCUGGGCUACUAAAUGUUUGGGUAACAGACAGGGGAGUUGGACGAUUGCUUUUGAAAUUAACUCUGAAGCUUCUGAAUUUAGUUCGAUAUGGGAAUAUAUUGGGUCGGUACUGCGGAUAUAUUUUAUUAUCAUUAUUGAGUCUUUGCUCAGCUUGAAUCUUCUUGUUUAGUUUAUUGUCACAGUUGACUAGAUCUACCUGUAUAUCGAUUAGGAAAGAAGGUAAGGUGGUGUCUUACCAUUUCCUUCAUAGUAGCCUUUGUUAAUGCCAUGGGCGGAGGCAGCUCCUGUAUGUUAAAUAGCCAUCAUUCACGAAAUGUUUAUUGUAGUUUUUUUUAGUCAAUUCUUUAAGUAAUCC